CAUGCAGAUCACAGGGUCUGUAGUACAGCGCUCUGUCGCAUCAGCUUGGUGCGGAAAAACUCAGCCAGGAAUCAAUGUGAGUGUUACGACCAACCAGGCGGUACAGUGAAACUGCUGCUGACAGCGUUCAAGAGCCCUGGAGAUCAAUCAGCAGCAAUUGUCUUUAGCAGACCUCUCAUUGCUUCAGGAGUUGGUGAUUGAGUUAAUUGCAGGCUGUUAUAAGUGACGGAAACAUUAUCGCUACGAAGGUGAUGGGUGGGAAGCAGUCUCGCAGCCUGUCCAACUCAGAGUUGAAUGAGGUGAGUGUGGGCCAAAGGAGGAAGGGUACAAUUAGAGACGAGCAGCCCAGUCUGUCCUGGGCAGCGGAGAGGAUCCGUAAACAAACCAGCGUCCACUUUGGUUUCAGUACUCUGAGUUUAGCCAUGCGGGGGUUGGAUGAAACCCCCGCUGAGCUGUGGGAGCUCCAGGACCUUCAGAAACUCAACUUGUCCAUGAACUGUCUGUGCUCCUUGCCUCCCGCUCUGGGCUCUCUGGAUAAUCUGGUGAUUCUCAACUUAUUGGGAAACAACCUGUCCAGCCUCCCCCCUGAGAUCGGCCUGCUGAAGAAGCUUCGCGUGCUGUUCGCCUGUCGCAACCGCCUGAGUGAAGUCCCUGAGGAGCUGGGCUCCUGCACAUGCCUGGAGGUGCUGAGCUUGGCCAACAACCAGAUCUCCAGCCUCCCCAGCAGCUUGGCUGCCAUGCAUCAUCUGACCAAACUCAACCUCAGUCACAACCGCAUUGUUCACAUCCCCACCUGCGUCUACAGCAUGAAAGGACUGGUCUUCCUGCACUUGGCCUGCAACCGCUUGGAGACCAUAGCAGAUCAGAUUCAGGACCUGGUUAACUUGAAGAUCCUGAUCGUGGAGGGAAACAGCAUACACACUCUUCCAAAGACUUUGUGUUUCUUGGAUUCAUUAGAGCUUCUGAAUGUGGACUUUAACGAGCUGCAAAGUGUGCCUGAUGAGAUGUACCAGCUGAGCAGACUCAGGCGGUUAGCCUGCCACCCACUGGAUAAAGGACUUCAUAUAAUUCACAACCCGCUCCUCAAGCCUAUCCAUGAGGUGCUGCAAGGUGGACUCAGUGCCCUGUAUAACUACCUCAAGCCUACUUAAACAAUCACCACUGUUUGUGUGUGUAUCUGUAUGCUGUUUGAUGAUUCCUUGGCACCCUGAUGGCCAUGCACCAUUUGACCAAACUCUCUCUGAUGUUUCUACAGCAAUGGUCUCAAACGCCAGUCCUCAAGAGCAUGUGUCCUGCAACUUUUAGAUGUGUCUCUGCUUCAAAACACCUGGGUCCAAUGUUAGCUCAUUAGCAGAACUCAGUGGAGGCUAGUGAAGCAGUUUAGUCAUUUUAUUCAAGCAUGUAGGACAUUUAUGCAGGACUCUGGCCCUCAAGGAUUGCCGUUAGGUCUAGAGCAUGAUAGGCCUGGUCUUCUUUCACUUGGAAGCAGUGGCUUCCAAAUGAUUGCAACCCAUUGCUAACCAGAUUCAGGGCCUGGUUAAUCUGAACAUUCUGAUUGUAGAGAGGAAUAUUACAUGCACACAUAAAGAUUCUGUGUUUCUUGGAGUGUUCAGGGCUCCGUAAUUCAACAACUGAGCAGACUCAAUGAGCUGGCAUGCCUUCUAAUGAAUAUUUGUCAUUAACCAUAUUGGAUUUCAUAUUAUUUAGAACUAGUGGUGGUUUUUAAUAAGGAGGAUAUGGCUCUCCACCCAGGGUGGCAUGGCCUGAGGAUCCCCAUUAGCUCUUAAAUAAAUGACAUUUCUAGUUAAUGAGGUUCAGGACACUCUGGUACUUUGACCAGUGCAAACAUGGCAAGAAAAUAUAGCUGAUAAAUGAUGCUACUGUUGGUGUCUGAGCUGGAGCUUCCAGGUUGAUCCUAAUUUUAAGUGGUAUACCACAGUUUUUGUUUUGUUUUUUAAAUUAGGGCUGGAAAAAGUAGUCCUUCUGAAUUUGAAAUAGUUUUUGUGAAGUACAAGACUAAUAUUGAACACAUAAAUAUAUUUCUGAUAAAUUGAAUAUGAGAGAAGGAUUUGGUGGUACAAAAAUAUUGGGAUGGAUUUAUGAAAGAGUUCACCACUGUAAUAUAACUCUUCUCUUAAGCUUGUCCAGGAGGCAGUGCAAGGUUAAAUAAGUGCUCUCUGCAGUUACUUUAAGCCCAAAUGAGGAACUGUUACCAUGUGCUUUCAAGUUUGUGUAUUCAAAGCAUGAUUAUUAUGUUAUAAGUCUAAUAUUGUUUAAAAUUGUCCACUUUACCGCUAUGACUCUGUAAAGAUAUACUAAAUUUUGCUUGAAUAGCAUUAUAGUUCUUUGAAUUUGCAAAUCCAGUUUUGUUAUGUAAUGGGGUCGAGAUAAGUUGUUCAGCUGGUGUUAAAAAUUCACAAGUCUACAUUUGGGUGCUGAUUGCUCAUCGGCUGAUCCUGGUGUUGCAGUGUGAGUCUGACAGGGGUAAGUUUAACUACAGAGCAACUCUCCUCAUUGUAUUCAGGUCACAUGGAUCAGGUGUGUAAAGUCAGUGGAAAGAACAGCAGAGCAGGACUGGGGGUGUUGAAGAUUCCUCAACAGAUUAAAAGGAAACACACACACACAACAUGGAGACGAUUAAAUAUUGUUCCAUUCAUCAGAUCAAAGCAUCAGCGGGUGAUCCGUGUUGCAACACCAAUAAAGAUGGGAAUAAAACAUUUUCCAAACGCAGUAAAGGUAAAUUAAGGUUCAUAAAAGUUUAAUUAAGCUAAAUUAAUAUGCUUUUGAUGUUUGUUUGAAUUAUAUUGCCAGUUUGGACAGGAAACAUCAACACAGGAGUUGAGUUAAACGUUUGAAAAAUACAUUCAGCUCUGAAUAUAAACUUUAUGGUCAUUUCUGUUAAGCAUUAAGCUGCAUUAGUUAUGUUAUAAGCAGGUUAUGUGUUUGUUAAAGAGGAAAUCUACUGCAAAAUUUUCUAAAACUGAAUGUCCACUGCAAUGUUUCUAAGGUUUAGGAAAAGCAACUUUUUUUUCUUCAAAAACAACUCAAUUUCUAUGCAACUAAAGUACAUUUUUACAUAUUCAGACUUUGCUACUGGUCAAAUCAAAUUGCCCAUUCUGAAAAAGCCCAACCAAAAACAACAGGUGCAGUGUUCAUAUUCCAAAAAGUGUGACUUGUUUUAUGCUGCAAUGCACAUCUAAUCACUGAAAAUAUGAAGGAUUUUACUCUUGUGAAAACAGUCUUUUCCUAAAAAGUAUUAGUAGCAUAAUAAAAAGAAAAUUAAACAUACUUUGACAUAAUAUAAAGCUUAUUACGAGUUGAAGAAGUAGUUUUUAGUUGUUUUUUUUCUUUGAGUUAUCUCAGUCUAAAGACAAAAUUAGUUAUACUUGCUCAGUAGUGGUAUGAAAAUAUGUGCAUUUUCCCCCCAAAAUCCCCUUUUCUGAUUUAACUAUGUGUUUGCAAAAAGAAGUAAAGGUUUUAGAUUAUAAAAUAAUCUUUUGAAGAAUUUCAGUUCAGUGUCAAAUUAUAGUAGUUAAGCCCCACGAUGACAGAAAUCCACUUUGGAAGUGGCUCCUCUCUGACUUAGCAUUAGAUUGAAAGUUUAGACAUCAAACUUAAUGUCUGAGGUUCAAACUUGUCAAUUCAACUUCAAAAUCUUGAGUAACAGUGUUAUGUUCAUGUGCCUCUGUUAUGAUAUGUCUAUGGGUGAUAUUAAAUUAGUAAUUUUAGUGGAAAUAAAUGAAUUUUUAAAUUAAAUUUUCCAAAAGAAUUUUACAGAAAGUAUGUUCUUUGUUUGAUAUGUUUAGAAACUUGAAUUUCUCAGUGUUGGUAAAGUUCAUAUGAAACAUCCAUGUAUUUAAAAAUGUUAGAUAAACCAACAUCGGUCGCAGGUUGCCAUAUUUGUUGACACAUGUUAACCUAAAUGACCUUAAAUACUAAAUUCUGCCUUAUUAUUCUAAAAUGAAAUACAGUAAAAUCAAUCAAUGAAGUGGUUAAAGAUUAUUGAAUCUAGCUGAAAUCAACAAAAUCCUGAUAAUCAGCAACCUACUGCUGUACUUUUCUAUACAUUGUCAGAACAUGGAUUGUAUAUUGUAGUAAUCUGGUUGUACAGUGUGUUUUCAGCAUUAAAAAUAGCACAAAUACUUCUCGUUUGGAAAUAUUUGAAUCUAAAAAUGUUGACCUGUUAAAAAUGUGCUAUUAAAAUUUUUUUUAAUUUAAUUUCAUUAAUGAUUAUGGGAAUGCAAGAGUGUGAAUUCAGUUUCAUUAGGUAAAGCAGCUGUUUUGAUUUAAUGAGUAAGAAAAAGUGUCCUAUUUUUAGUAGUAAUCAGCAGUAUCUGUUGCAGCUCAGCCAUUUUAUCUGUGAUCGAGAUUUACAAGCUUAUGUUUCUACAACCAGUCCUAAAACUACAUGUCUAAUUUUACUUCAAGUGAGACCGAGGAACGGCAGAAAAGCGACCUCUCUUGGUAAAUUAUUGUUACUGCAUCACAGUGCCGCUCACAUUCACGCACACACACAGUCUAUGCAUUCAUGAUAGAUGACGCCCUCUUGAAUAAGUCUUUGUCCCAGAUAGUCCCAGAUAGUGAUCAUGGGAUAUGCUGUCAAAGAAAGCACAUAUAGAAGUGUUGCAUCGGCAUGAGCCAAAUGACCUGAUUUCAGGUUCUGUGUGGGGCUCUCAAGGGAACCUGGAAAGAAACGUUUGAUAAACAUAUAUUCCAAGAAAUAAUAUGUAUAUAUAAACAUGACUAUGGCUAUAAAAACUUAAUCUCCAGAUAUUUAUAUGCAUAUUUUGUGUUAAGGCUCAUUGUUAGCCAUAAAUAAGUCACCCAGUUAGAAAUGAUAAAAUGUAGCACUUAUAUUUUUGAAAAUAAACAAUAAAUAAUGGCAGGAAAAAAAUAUGGGAAUGUGGAAAAAAAUACAUAAAUAAAAGCAGAGAUAAUGCAUUUGUGCAGAAAAAUAUUUAAAAUCAAACAAAGAUGUAAUAUUGUAUGUUGCAAAGUUUCUAACGCUUGAAAAUGUUUGUAUUAAAUUACGUUGUGAAUACAAACUACAAGGCAUUGUAUUAUGAUUUGUUGUAAUAAAUGAAUACACAGUUGUG